UUCUCCGACGUUUCCCUGAUCGCCGAACUAUACUCCGGGGAGCAAUGUCUCUGUCCUUGCUCUCUCAUUCUAUGCACUUCGCACCACCCUCCUCCUCCUCACGUGCCAAUCCUAUUGCGCCCACCCUUCGCGGCCGGUUGAUCAAUUUUCCGGCCAUUCAUGGAUCGCCGCUCCGGCCACCGAUUCUCCGGUCAAUAAGCACUCCGGCUAGAUGCUGCUCUGUACUUCCGCUUGACUCCAAAGGCGGCCUAAGAAUGAGUGGAUUCCAUGAAAUUGAACUCAAAGUCCGGGACUAUGAAUUGGAUCAAUACAGUGUUGUAAACAAUGCUGUUUAUGCGAGUUAUUGCCAGCAUGGUGAGAAUGAACUUAUGGAAAGAAUUGGUGUAAGUGCAGAUGAAGUUGCGCGCAGGGGUGAUGCAUUAGCAAUGUCGGAGCUGUCACUUAAGUUUAUUGCACCUUUAAGGAGCGGAGACAGGUUCGUUGUGAAGGUGAGGAUAUCUGACAUUGCAGCUGCUCGGUUUUCCUUCGAGCACUUCAUCUUCAAGCUUCCGAACCAAGAGCCCAUUCUGGAGGCCAGAGGAGUAGUAGUGUGGCUUAACAAAAGUUAUCGGCCAGUCCGCAUUCCUGCAGAGUUUAGAUCCAAAUUUGUUCAAUUCCUUCGUGAGGUUGAAUCAAGCUAACAUUAUCACAAAAGGAGAGUUUUUUUUUUUUUGUUCCACCAAAGGCCCCCGCUCGUAAUACUAGAUUCAAUCCUUGUUCUUUUCAACUUCAAGGAAUUCAUCUUUUUUAUUAAGUAAUUACUUUGAUUCGUGUGUUUUUUCGUUUAUAUUCCACUGUCAGCGAACCAGUCUGUCCAUGUGCUUGCAAAAGUUGUUGGUGCUCGAUCUAGUUAGAUGUAUUGGGAGGAAUCCCUCUUUAGG